AUGGCCGCUGUAACUUUUUUUUUUCUGUAAGGUACAUUUUAAAAGGAAAUAAAGCAUAUUUUUCUUUGAUGUCCAGAUUCAAAAAAUGUGCCCUAUGAUUCUCCGACUUUUUUUCUUCUUUUGCCGAGUUAAUUUUUGGAGUUAUUCCCCUUUGGUAAACAUUUAUCGUCUGCACAACAACAUGGCGACGAACGACAAAAAAUGUAUGGGAAGACAGAAACAAGUCGUAAUACAGAUGUCAGAUUUGGGAUUUAUACAUAAAUAAAACUGGAAGGAUCAACGGAAUAAACAACCGAAACUGUUAUGUAAAGUUUAAAAAUACGGAAGACCGGAAUAAUGGUAAAAUCGUAACUCGAUCUGAAAGUUGUAAGAUUCGGUAACCACGAGAUGACUGAAUCCCAUUUUAAAGUCCCCAGAACAAACCAAAAACAUGCUUUCAAAAAUCAAACAGCUUGAUUUACAGCAAGACCAAAGUAUAAUGUGAUAAAUAAAACUGUAAGUAGACUGUUUCUCAUCAGUAAUUGUUUGGCACUUCACAUAUCGCCAAUAGUUUGUUAGAAAAAGAUAACCAGGCUUUCUAGUCCCAAUUAAACAGAGCAGAAUGACAGCAUCAACAUAUAUUUUAGCUAACAUACUGUUCAGACACUAAUAUCAUUAAAAUUAUGUGAAAAAUGCUAAUAAUACGGUAACAAAGGUAAAAAAACGAAAUCCGAAUUUUCCAAAACCUAGAAAAAGUUGUACUUGACAUUUCGAGUAGUCUCACUUUAUAUUGACUGCAAGCCUUUACAUCGUUAAACGAGGAAAAUUGCAAGAAUAUUUCAUAUCCUAGGAUAUAAUACAAAGUAAUAUAUAUGUUUGCCUAGUCAUUUUUUCUUUGUUGUUAGAAGUAGUUAGUCAAAAAACUUCAGGCGAUGACGAGAUCUACGUUAACGUCGACCAUUUUGGGAACAUACUUAUGGCCAACUACUGUAUGUCAAGGUAUCGGAUUUUCCGAAACCUAUUGCACACUGGGAGCGUACUUGAUUCCAUUUCUGCUAGAUGUACCACCCGCUUGUGUCUGGAGCUAAGACCUAGACUAGAGCUCCCUUGCCAGAGGGCAGUCCACACACAGGGAGGAGACACAAUAUUUGCUCUGUCCUCUGGUCAGGGUAAAUGUGGUGUGGCAGUUAUCCGAGUAUCCGGUCCUCAAGCCAAGGAGUCUAUUCAUCAGAUGUGCUCAUUUCGACGCUUCCCAGCCCCAAAGUCAACUCAGCUGAGACGAAUUAGAGAUACUGAUACCAAGGAGCCCAUAGACAGGGGCCUGGUGAUCUGGUUCCCAUCACCCAAAAGUUUUACUGGAGAGGACUGUGUAGAAUUCCAAGUUCACGGAGGACCAGCAGUGAUUGCUGCCAUGGUUACCAGUCUGGGGAAACUCCCCUCUUACAGACACGCAGAACCUGGGGAGUUCACCAAAAGAGCCUUUAUGAAUGGGAAGCUUGAUUUGACGGAGGUUGAAGGAUUAGGGGACCUAAUCCAUGCUGAGACCGAGGUCCAGAGGAAGCAGGCUCUACGUCAGAUGGAGGGGGACCUUGGAAAAUUGUACACAGACUGGAGAAACCGGGCCAUGAAGGCUGUUGCCAAUGUUGAGGCAUUCAUUGACUUUUCUGAGAGUGACACGCUAGAGGAAGACCUGCUUUGUGAAGUGACAGCUGAGGUGGACAGGUUGUGGACAGAGAUAACUACGCACCUGUCGGACCAUCGCCGGGGGGAGAGGCUGAGGGAAGGCGUCCAUGUUGUGAUUGUGGGCAGGCCUAAUGUAGGCAAAAGCUCCCUGCUAAACAGCCUUUGUCAGAGGCCUGCGGCUAUUGUUUCUCCUAUCCCUGGAACUACUCGUGACAUCGUAGAGACCGCCCUCAAUGUGGGGGGAUACCCAGUCCUGCUGAGUGAUACCGCCGGCCUACGGGAAACAGAGGAUUUCAUUGAAAAGGAGGGGGUCUUCAGGGCUCUACAAAGAGCUAAGCAAGCAGACAUAAAGGUCCUUGUUAUAGAAGCAACAGAAUUUGUUCAUCUUCUCCAAACAGACUCCAUAGAUGACAUUAUGAUUAACCAUCUAAAGGACAUUGGACUUGUUUCAAGACUACAACAAAACACUGUUUCACCUGUUAAUGUACAGACAGUCACAAAAGACGGUGACCUACAAGAUGAUGCUAAUUUUAUCUCGAACGUUGGUGAAUUAAUUGUGGUAUUGAACAAAUGUGAUCUGAUAAGUGAUGUAGAUCUUGCCUUCAUAGAAGACAUUGUACAGAAGAAAGGGUGUCUGUCUGUGUGUCACUUGUCCUGUACCUCUGGUCAUGGCAUGGAGGAAUUCCUGAAAGUUCUACAGCGGAGACUUGCUCAUGUAUGUGGCAACCCUUUAGCUGGGAGUCCAAGCUUAACACAAGCCAGGUACCGAUUUCACCUUGAAAAAUGCCAAGGUCACCUUGAAAACUACAAAAAAUACAUGGAGUUGGGAGAUGUUGUAUUGGCUGCCCAGAGUCUGAGAAAAGUUCUCUUUGACAUUGGAAAAAUCACGGGUCGGAUAACGACAGAAGAUAUAUUGGAUAUCAUAUUUAAAGACUUCUGUGUUGGGAAAUAAACUUAGCCAUUGUGAAAUAUCGUAUAUUUUACUUCCAAUGUUCAACACAGAUACUGUUUGAUAAUACAAACAUUUACAACAAAUGUGUUCUGUAAGUGAAAUCUUGAGGUUGGCAUGCCGCAUAUUAAGAAAGGGAUACUCAGUGAGUUCACCCAUUGGCAGUCUUUUGGGUGAAAUCAAAACAGGGCGAGUGAAAUGUUGAAGGAGUAAUACUUAACAUUCAAAUAAUGUACUUUUAUAGACGAACAUAAGAAUCACAAAUAACGCCAUUACAAUUAAACUGCCAUCUUUUGGAUUGACUGAUUGUUAUGAUGUGCCCACUGAAGAGUUUCAUUUUUCGUUAACUUUACAAUUUCUCAGUAUUAUUACUGAAGACAAAAGAAAUGAUGGCUGUCUUUCACUAUACAUAGGUAUGCAAAUACAAUAUGGUUUGUAAUUGUUUGUAAAAAAUAUGUAUCGUUAAAUAAAAUUUACCACUACUACAGUAUAAUAAAAUGUAAUGAUACUUGACUUUGUAUAUAAAAUUACAUCAGUCCCUCGUCUAUUUUAGUGGGAAAAGCUAUAUAUUUACUUUUACUAUAUUUACUUUUUUGUCGAAAUAUGUGAUACUUUUAACUUACAAGUAUAAAUGGAAUAUUCUUUAAAAAUCUCGUGGAAGUAGAAUCAUGAUGGCGACUUGUCCACAUUUUAUUAUACUGUGUCUAUUUCUUUACUCUGUUAGAUAUGCAUGUACCGGUAUUUGGCAUUAUUUGUUUGUAUUAAGUCUUCAAUUAUUCUGCUAAGAUUGAGUAAUCCAGCUUACAGGCACUGGGCGAAUGAGGAUACAGUAACUUCUUUUAUAGUUUGAAUGUUAUUUAUUCUUGCGUUCAAACUUUGCAAGAAAAAGUUUAUGUUUACAAUAUACAUUUGAAUUAUAAAUUGAGUGUUAGUUCGUUACUUGAUAAGAUACCUAAUAUCGAGUUGUGUUAUGCGCAUUGAUGAAGUUUUCCGGUAAA